AUGCCUGAUAACCUUCCUCUUAUGCCACGUACGCCGCGCCAAAAGCAUCUUACUCGGGAUGAAAGACUUAAAAUCCUAGUCCUUCUUGAUGAGGGUCAAUCCUACUCCGAAAUUGCCCCAAAAAUCCCUUGUUCGAUUGGCCAGGUCCGCUAUACUCGUUUAAUGGCACACCCGACUCCAACAAAGCGUACUGGCCGGAAGCCAAUCCUUACUGAGGCUUUGGUUUUGGAGACAAUAGAUUGGAUUCGAAAGAGCUUCGAUAACCGAUGCAAAAAGUACGACGAGAUUGUUAUGGAGCUACAACUUCCUUGUUGUGGUGAAACAUUACGCCGUGCUUUAAAAAAGUAUGGUAUGACUGCCCGCCCUGCUGCCUUAAAGCCUCCUCUUGAUCCUGAUGAUCCGAAGGGUAUCGAGCGCCGUCGAAAACGAUUGGAGUGGGCUUUAGAGCGACAACAUUGGGAUUACGAUGAAUGGCGAACGAUUAUCUUUACUAAUGAGGCGUAUGUUCGUUCUAGAUAG